CGGAAGUCGCUGGGUGCCGGAAGCCGCUGGGCGCCGGAAGCGGGGCUUCAGGGCCAGUGGAGCAGGCGACCCGCUGCGCACUGAACUCACAAGGCCUGGGCGACGGCGGCAUGGGGUUGCUGAGCGCGGCGGCGCGUUGCGUGGUGCGCGGCGCCGACCGGAUGAGCCAGUGGACCAGCAAGCGCGGCCCGCGCACCUUUUACAAGAGCCGCGGCGCAAAGGGCACCGGCGUCCGCACCCACAAGGGCAAGUUCGUGCUGGUCAAGGAGAUGGUGCCCGAGCUGGUGGUGCCCGACCUGGCCGGCUUCAAGCUCAAGCCCUACGUGAGUUACCGCGCUCCUGCGGGCGACGACACGCCGCUGACGGCCGCGCGGCUCUUCCAGGAGGUGGUGGCGCCCGCCGUGGAGAGGGACUUCCGGGCCGGCACUUUCGACCCCGAACGACUGGACAAGUACGGCUUCGAGCCCACGCAGGAGGGCAAGCUCUUCCAGCUGUACCCCAAGAACUUCCCGCGCUAGCAGCGCGCGGGAGGGACCAAAAAGCCCCCCCUGGGCCCUCUUCACCGGCGCUGGCUCGCUCUCCCAUUGAGUCUACCGGGCACAGCAACGGCUGUUUCUCUGAGGCUCUGCUCCGGACUGGAAGCAUCCCCUGCGCAGCUGCCUUAAAACUAGACAGGACGUGUCAGACCGGAGCCCCGGGACCCUGAACCCAAAGAUAACAGCGGAUGAACUGAAGCGGUACAGUCCGCCUGAGAUCCGAUGACCUGACUGACAGUUACUUGCCAGGAUUACUGGCCACAAACCCCUCCCCGUUUUGAUUCCUUAAAAAUUCAGAGCCCCGACCCCUCUGGGUUGGUGCGUCCCUCCGUGCCCAGCCCUUUCCCUCUCUUGGGAAAAUAGAAAUAAAACUUUGUUGCCUGCA